GAAAAGACGCGCACACGUGGAGGAACAAACGAAGCUCCUCUUUAUAAAAAAAAGGAGGAAAUAGUUAUAAGUCCUGUGUGUGGCGGGGUGGGGAGGGCACAACAAUGCUCCCGAAAGAGUCAAAUAGGUGACUGGAGAGAAGCGCUGUCUGUUAUCUGCUGGCACUGAUUAAGAAAAUAAAAGCAAAGUGGGCGCACUGGGAGAGAAAGGUCAUGGAAAACUCCUGGAGGAGGAGGAGGACUCAGGCGGUCAGAUGGAAGUUGUUGAGGAACUCGCUGCUGCUUUGUUUAUUCACCGGCGGCAGUAAAGCUCAGUGUGAAGGCUGUAUCGAGUAUUGCUGUGAUGGGUCGCCGCAGUUCUGCUGCUCCUACUACGCCUACGUGGGGGACGUCCUCUCGGGCACUGCCAUCUCGGGUAUCGUGUUCGGCGUGGUGUUCCUGAUGGGGGCGGUGGCUGCCUUGUUCCUGUGUGUAUGUAUGUGCAUGAAGAACGGGCGGGGUGCUCGGGUCGGCGUGUUCAGCACCUCCUACAUCAACACUGUGACCCAGGGCUACCCAGGUCCUCCUCCUCCAUACACCUACGACUACGAGAUGUACCCUCCAUCGUUGCACCCCCCGCCUUACACUCCGACUCAGCCUCGGCCGGCCAACUACUCCCCCCCUCCUCCGUACCCUGGCUGCACCCGCAAGUGAAUCUCUUUUUAAUACAUUUCUGGCCUUUAAUGGAGGUUAAAGACAAUUUUAGGGGCCUACAAAAAACUCAAAAAGGGUUAUCCAGUGCAAUAUUGUGCAGCAGGCCAGAAUUCCCUGCAAGGUGUAAAUGUCACAGCUGGAGUCUGGACCAAAUGGCGGCGCAAUGAAUAAUAAUUUAGCACAAUGUUGGUCCGAACACUCCACAUUCUGAUAGCCUUAAAUGUUAGCCGCGCCUUCAGCUGGUCCUUUUUCCCUGCUAAUAACUGAUAUCCUUAUCCGUGGCUGGCUGUGCACAUCAAAGACAGCAUGGUGCUUUGAUGAAGGUGAAGACUACCUUUGUCAGCAUGGAGGGGAACCUGACAUCAGUGGAGGAGGAAAAAAGUCUUUCCAGGACACGGUGGAGAUUGCUUUUAUAGAAAGUUACAAAAAAAAUUUUGAUUUAUGUCAGUGAGUGAGGUGGAAGUUGAUGAUUAAAGCUGUUUUACACAAGUCAGGUCUGGACCUGUCAAGUGUAGACCCAAAUAUUUGAACAUAAUGCAGAAUUAUACUGACUUUAAUGGCAACUUGAAAGGACUGGGUUGUUGGUAAUGAGCUGUUUCUAUUGCUGCACCAGGCCAAAUAUUGGGGGUUUUAAAGUGUUCAAAUUACCUCAAUACCAGCUAAAAUAUACAAUCAGAAACAAUCACAAAGCUAAAAAAAACUAUUGGGGGAAAUACUUCAACAGUGAGGUGACAAAGUAACCAAGUAAACACUGUUUACAUAAAUAAGUAUUUAAAUGUACCAAAUUAACACCAAAAACUAAAACGAGGCAAUACAAAAGCACAUGGUCCAACUGCAAACAAUAAGAAACCAAACAAAUGACGACUUCAAACCAAAAACCAGGUAAGACAAAACGGCAGUGGCAACUGAGUCUUUCUGUCGCCCUCAUGGUUGCUCAGCUCAUUGAAGCUCUCUCUACAGCAGGAACCUAAAAACAUAAAAAACAGGAGCGGGUAGCACAGCUGCAACAGUAUUUGACUCUGGGAUAGAAAAACUCACCACCUACCACUGGCUACAUUUGACACAAUGUGCGAGGAAAACUGAACGAGGGGUCACAUCAUGUCCAGCUGAAAAUCUGAAUUUUUUUUUCUCUGAGGAUCAUGAAUUCAUCAUUAGCAGUGUACACUA